AGCGGAGCCACUGGACCAGGGCGAGCACCAUUCCAGCGCAGCAGCGCCGCCUUCGAACAGGAUGCGGGAUUAGCAAGUGGAGGAGCAGCCCUAGAAUAUGGAGAUCUCCGCUCGCGCAGCCCCAGCAUCUUCCUGGAGCCACCCUCGCCGGAUCCCACUCAUGCCCACUUCGGACCGGGCUGGGGUCGACCCAUGUCGCCCAUGGAUCUGCCCCCAGAGCGAUCGUCGGGCAGCAAGUCGCCCACGGGCAAGUCCCGACUGCGGCCCAAGCUCCAUCUGCCGCUGGGCAGAUUGGGGCGGUCCAGCUCCUCGGACACAAGGGAGAGCAACAGACUGCGCGAGGAUGUCCAUGUGCAUGUGGAGAAUCCGGUGUUCAGCAGCGAGAACCUGCGCCACAACAACUUCGAUGCAUUCUUCGAGGCCCGCGAGCCGGUCAUCAAGGUGCAGCCGCGUACGCCUCACACGGCGCCGGCGGACGGUAGUGGGCGUGGCUACUCGCCGCCCCUGGAGAACUAUGCGGGCGUCUACGAUUCGCCCAGGACGCGGAGUCCGGCAGGCAAGGGCGGUAGCGGGGGCGGUCUGUUUGCCCGCUCGCCUCGCGAACGGAUGGCUGGCUCAAGAUCGCGCAGCGCGGAUCAGUGCGACGGAGCGGUGGGUGGAGCACCCGCUGGACAUCCACCAGCACCACCCAGUGGCUCCAACUCGGCGGGCGGAGGCGGUGGGGGCGCUGGAGGCGGGGCCAGCUCGAGCGGAGCGCACUCCAAAGGUGACAGGUUCUUCGGUAAAAUCUUCAAGUGGUCGAAGAAGUCGUAGGCGGAGGAUCUUCGGGUGGAGGGGACCACGCGGUGGUUCCCUUAGCCCCCCGGGCGGCAGGAUGGCGUCCUACAACGGCGUGCUCAAGGAUUACAGUCACAGCAGUUUGAACGAGGCUUUCAAAUCCCAGAACAAUGUCAACUUUAAGUUAAUUAAAACAGUAUCCGAUUUCUCCGAAACACUCUCCCGUCUGUACGAGGAACACGCAACUGCCCUCCAAGUUGCGGUCUCCAAUUAUCGCAAGAAGAAUGCCGAAUUACGAAAAGAAAGACCCGCCUGCCACUUGGCCAUCUUUCAGGCAUGGGAAACAUUCCUGCAGGAGGUCGAAACCGAUUCACAGGCCUGCAACGAUGUGGCCAGCGUCCUUUCCCGCCAGGUGUCGCGACCAAUGCUGGAUAAAUCCUUUCAUCGCAAAGUUCAAAGCCGUAAAAUAUUCACACACAGGGAGUCUUUCGAGACUAUUAUCGCAAAGACUGAAGAGAAGCUGUCAAAGUGCCGAGUGGACUACAAGCAGUGCCACCUGGCCCACCGACAGAAUCCCAGCCAGCACUCGCUCACCGAAUACAUCGACGCCCACAACGCGUACGUGCAGCAGCUGCAUGCCACCAAUGGCAUGCUGGAGGCCUACCACUCGGACACCCUGCCCCAGCAGAUGCAGGAGCUGGAGGAGAUUCACAACGACCUGGUCGCCAUUGUGUCCGACUCGCUGAUGCAGGGCGCCGAAGUAAUUGCCGGCAAGGCCAAUGACCAAUCCAAGCGGUACAACAGCCUGAUCAACCAGUGCAGUGCGGUGUCGCCUCAACAGGACCUGGUGAACUUCGUCCGCCUGCUGGCCCAGCCGUCCCAGGCCCAGAAGAUUCCCCGACGGCUCUUUGCGACGCCCCAGGGCGAGGCUGGCGAGGAGGCGGGCGACCACAAUGAGAUGACGCCCUGCCUGCGGAACGAGCUGGUCUUCGACCGGCACUCCACUUUGUCACAACGCUCCGCGCUGGAGUCGCUGAAGCGAGAGGCCAUCGAAUUGGAAUUGCAAAUACGUCAGCUGCAGGACUCCAUUGAGGCACUGAAUCGAACGCAGAGCCGCGGGAUCGAGGGUCAGCUGUACAACAAGGUCAACGAGCUGCAGGAGGACUUGUCCAUGAAGAAGUUCGACCUGCGGGCCAAACAGAUCCAUUUGGCGGCCAUAAGGGCUCAGAAGGAUCUGUUCGUGAGCAAAGUUGAGCCGACCUCGCCGCGAAACGAACGCAAAUUCUCCGCUGCCACAGCGCCAUCGAUGAAAACAAAGUGGCUGAAAGCAUUUAAGAGCCUAAAGCCUGCUGGUUCUGGUUCAGCACAACAAGCGGAUAGCCAACCACCCCGACAAAAUCAAAUGUACCACGCUGUAUCAACCGUAUUGACUUUGAGGCGCAAUGGAGCCUCCAGCACCGCCUCCGAGCCGCUGCGUCCCAACCUGGAUGGCAGCCACCACCUGCAGGAGUACACCUACAAGAAGAUAACGGCCUGCGACGUCUGCUCCCAGAUACUGAGAGGCCACACACGCCAGGGACUGCGGUGCCGCAUCUGCAAGCUGAACGCCCAUGGGGACUGCGCCCCCAAUCUGCCACGCUGCCAGGCGAAGCAGAAGUUGCUGCGGCGCCAGAAGAGCACCUCGGAGCUGGAGAAUCGCGUUGAUAUCGAGGAAGAAACAGGCGUCGACAAAUCCGUCCAGGGCAAACAGUUGGAUGGCGGCGUCGCUGGAGGAUCUGGAUCGGCACUUCCGGUUCCGGUUCUCACCGAGCGGGAUAUGGGCAGGGCCCCGCCCCCGGACAUACCCAUUGUCAGUGUCUCGGAACUGGCCCUGCAGGAGCAGCAGCUCCAGCAACUCCAGCAGCAGCAACACCAGCAACAGCAACAACAGCAGCAACAACAGCAACAACAGCAGCAACAGCAACAACUACAGCUGCAGCAGCAACAACAGCGCAGUCUGGCAUCGGUGGCGCAGGCGGCGGCAGUACGGGCGGGACGUGGGGUCCGGCCGCCGCCCGUGGCCAUGCCCAUUCUGGGCGUACAGCUGCAACAACAGGAGCUGCAGCAGCAGCGCGGCGGACUGCCAGUGCCCACGCAAGACAUUUCGAGUAGCUCAGCACCGCACUCACCGCGUCGCCAAAAGUUGAACUUACGCAUGAAAUCCCUGAGCCUGGACUCGCCCGAGUCGUCGGAGCUGCACGGCCAGUUCAGACGACGGGUCCAACUGCCCGGAACGGGUGCCUCCACAUCGGCCGGCUCCGGGUACUAUCACGGUGGGUCCGGAGGCCACCUGGAGCACAGCACUCCGCCGUCGAACAACAGCCGCCUGCACUCACCAUCGAGCCCCUCGCAUCCGGGCCGCAAACUACUCUAUGCCACACGUGGAAUGCGUGGCGGCAGCGUCGAUCUGCCGGACGAAAUGGAGAAGUCACAAUCCUCGGCCAGCACCUCGCCGUGCCUCUCACCCAAAACCCAUCGCCUGUUGCCCACGAAUCUGUACGUCAUCAUCUACAACUUCAAGGCGCGACAUGCCGAUGAGCUGGACCUGAAGGCCGGUUACAAGGUGACUGUUAUUGACAAUUCCGAUCCGGACUGGUGGAAGGGAAAAGUUCUGGGACGCGUGGGCUACUUCCCCUCCAAGUACUGUGUGCGUCUGAAUGCCAACGAGAAGCCACUGCAGGUGACCCACAAUCUGCAGGUGUCCGACAGCGAACGCGGCGAGAAUCUCACCCUGCUGAGGGACCAGAUUGUCAUCCAGACCGGCGACGAGGUCAACGGCAUGGUGAUGAUCCGUGCCGCCGAGCACGGGCAGGGCUACUGCCCGAUCAAGUAUCUGCAGGAGGUGUGACAGCCAGAAGAGGACGAGCCGCCUUCCGACGAGCGGGACAGACCGCACAAGUCGUCCAUGCAGACGUCGUCGUCGCGGACGACGGACAAGACCAAGCGUAGGAUUAGAAUCGUAGUGUCCGAGAACAACAACAACAAUCUAACUGCUAGUAGCGUUGCACCCCAAUCCACAUCCACAACCACAUCCACAUCCGCUUCUGCCUUCAGCACCAGCCAGCACCAUCACCACCACCACCAUCACAACCAGGUGCCGAGGGAGUCCAGCAUCGAGACGAAGCGGCUGAACAUCGACUACGGCGACGAGGGCAGUGGUGCCGACUGGGACAAGGACCGCGAGGUGCUCAUCCUGUCCGGGCGGCGCAACAAGAACGACAAGAACUGGGAGAACUGGGAGCGCAUCCGGGAGCAGAAGCUGGAGAAGAUGAAGGGCAUCUGCUUCGAGAGCUAUCGCCAGUCGAAAAGGGAUAAACUGCUGCAGGCCAAGCCGCGGCCCAAGCAACUGGAUCCCACCUGGUACACGGACAACAUCUACUCCAACCGCUCCGACGACAUGGACGAGGACUAUGUGCCGGAUUGCCUCAAGUACGGACCCUUUCGCACGCUCCGCGACAUCCACGAGCUGGAUGAGAAGUCGGGCGGCAUGGGAGGCAUUGGCGGCACGGAGGAGCGUCGUGUGGAUGGCGAGGGUUCGCCUGGGUAUGGCCUCCAUCGCUCCAAGAGCUGCAAGGAGUUCCAGUACCCCAAGUCGCAGAGCUGGUGCUUCGAGGGCAAUGUCUUCGAGGCGGGCGGUGGUGUGGCCAGUGGGAGUGGCAGCUCCGGCGGCCCAGCCGCACCCGCCAUCACCACCAGCACCACCACCACCACCACCUCCAUACUGAAGAACAGAGCGGGUGUGCCCAAGUCGUACUCAUUCAGUGCCACCACCAAGACCAUGCCCUUCGACAUCAUCGACUAUGAGUUGCCGCCCGCCUCGAAUACGCGACGUGAGAAGCGGGAGGCCCUGCGGCGCAACAUGAAUGCGCUGUGCAGCAGCAGCUUGGACCGCUGCUGUGCGCGGGAUCAGUGCACCAGUGCGCGCUGCCUGCUGGAGGACAUCUAUCCGGGAUCGGGAUCGUCGAGGGUGAGGCCCCGGGCGGCGGACUGGCUCUUCGAGGAGCGGAUGGGCAGACAGCGUACGCCCGCCGCUCCCACGGUCAUCUGCUGCUGCUCGGCGGCCGAGGAUUGCUGUUGCCACCGACAGAGGCAGGCGCCACAGCCACCGCUGCCGCCUGCUCGCCCCCGAUCCAGGCCCAUUUGUCCAGGUCAUCAUCCCGCCGCGGAGGAGGAGGAGCACAUGCACUGCCGCUACGACACCGACCUGGAGCACUUCAUACGCGCCGAGCGAGAGCGUCUGCUGCUGCAGGACAAGUUCCUGGACGAGGAUGAGCGGUAUCUGGCCGCUGCUCCGGCUCGAAGUCCGGGGAGGCGAUAUGCGGCGGGAAACUACCAUCGACCGCCGCGCAGCAAGUCGCUGCUGGAGAUGCAGCCACCCACCAGCCUGUUCGACGAGGACACCUGCUCGGACACCACCGAGAUCGAUCUGGAGGACUUCAACAUCGACCUGGAGAAGUACUGGGAGCAGCUGGACAAGCCGCCCAGUCCCAUCAACAUGGACAUGCGACGCAACAUGCACAGCAGCCUCAAGGUGAAGAACGUCAAUGUGCGCUGCUACAACAAUGGCCAGCCCAUCGAUCUGCACGAUCGCGAGCACGAGCGGCUGAUGAUCAAGAAAUCGCUGCUGGAGGGGAUGCCCUCGCCGCCGCAGCUGGACUCCAGUGAGUCGUCUUUUUUUGAGUCCGCUCCCGCCGUUACGACCGCCCCCGGCCCCGGCCACGGCCACGCCUACCAUCACCGAACCGCCUACGGAGCACAGCAGGGCUAUGGCCACAAGGUGUACCCCACGGUGGACACCCUGCCGUCGUACCAGUACAACAACUUCUACCCGGAGCACAGCCAUCCCACGGUGGGCAGUGUGCUGACCCAGCAGCCAACGGCUGGCGUACACCAUCCCUCGGCCGGCGGUCACUCGGCCCUCAGCCUCAUUAACAACAUCUUCUCGAUCUACAAGCCCAACAAGUACUCGCCGGAGAACUGCCAGAUGAACUAUGAGAGCAAGCCGGAGCCGUGCAAGAAGAUGAACGUGCCGAGCACGCACCGGCCACUGGGGGCAGCCAGUCAUCCGUAUCCAGCUCCGUCAGGCCACGACUACAUGCACUCCUCGAUGAAGCGACCCCUGCUGAUCAGCGCCGAUCAGCCGCACUUCAAGAUUAUACCCGAGAAGACGGGCCUGAAGAUCUCGCCGCUGUUGAGCUACGAGGAUUACGGCGGAGGAGGAUGUGGAGGCGGUGUCGAGAAGCAACACCACAGACUGAGUAGCACGGCACGGCCUUUGAUGCUCCCGCACUGAUGGUGCUGGACCUUUCCGUGGUAUGGCAAUGGCAAUGGCAAUGGCAAUGGCAACUAUUGUUAGUUGGGCUAUCUCCAACUAUACCAAGCAAAAAACAAAAAGACUCGCGAGCAGCGAACAGCAACCCAAACGCACAAAUCAACUGGGUCCAGGCAAAGGGAAAAGGGAAUAAAGGAAGAAACCAUCGGGGGAUCAUUGGGAUCCUCUACUCCACUCCACCAAUUCGCCGUCUUCGUCGUCGUCGUCGUCGUCCUUGUCGUCCAUCCGCACAAUUUGCUUUUGGUUUAGCCGGGCAGGUGUUCCAUCGCAGCAUCCUUGACACUCCAGUGUCCAACAAGACACUCCAGCAACCACUUGAACAACAGCAACAACAGCCAUACCAUUGGAAAACAGCACUACAGACAAAGAAGACAACAGCAUCAACAGAAUAGUCAACAGUCGUCACAAGUCAGAUGGAAGUGAAAGUGCAAGUGUAUUAGUAACGAUUUGAUCAGCGGAUCGAUUAGGAUUAACUCACACAAUCCUUAUACACAAGACAAACACACACACACACACAAACAUUUGUAUACAAUCAAUGUGCUUUUAAUUCGCUUAAAAUCGCUAGUUAAAUAUCGCAGUUCGAUAACCACUAAACAACAGAUUCACUAAUUUUCGAGCAACUUUUAAGCAAUCAAGAGCGUAUUCAAUAGAACAAUGUGUAGAUCUAAGUCAAAAGUGUUUAGUCAUUAAGCCGUUCAUAUCGCGUUUCAUAUUCCAGUAUGGACAUAUUGUAUACCCUAAACACUCUGUAGAAAGCUAAACGGAUUUUAUUAGUACCGAAGAUUUCGGUGUCUAUAGAAUAUCUAUACCUAAACUCGUGAAUGUCAGCGGCACUUAUUUUGGCCUCAUAAUAUAUAUAUUGCGAUAAUUUUGAGAUGCAAAACGAAAACUAAGGCGAACCGUUUUUAUUGUCACCAAAAAUUUUUUCUAUUUUUUAUACCAAACAACUUUGAAUCAACUUAACGGGCGGAGCUAUUGAAAUUGCUACGAUCGAUAGGGCUAGAAGCUUUCCCCAUAAGUUGCGGCUACUAGGAGCGAUUAUACGAAUGCAUGCUUAAGCUAUUUAUACGGAUAUGAAUAUGAAAAUGAAUAGGAGCGAAGUGUGCGUUGAGAUCUCGAUAGGAAAAGCGCUUUUUAUAAACUAACUAGAUUUGUAUCGAAAUGUGAAACAUUGAAUAUGAUAAACAUUAAUUGUACUUUUAUGAUGUAUGCGUAUCCACUGGCCUUAUUUAUUGAGAAGCAACCAAAACAAUGAGCUGAACCCUCUCGCACACUCUCACACACACACGUACACACAAGCAAACAGAGACACACACACAAACAUCCCAGAAAAACAACUUGAGAAUUACAGUUGAGAAAUUCACAAAGAUUCAAGCUUAGGGCUUUGCGUCACUUUUGUUAAUUGUUUUUUGGCGUCCAAUUUUACAUGAUAACUAAUGUAGGACUCUAGACAAAAAAAACCAAUCGAAACUAUCGAGCAUAGAUUAACUAUCGAGUAUUUUGUAGUGUGUAAGCUAACUAAAACCUAAACCAAAACAAGUGAAGGUAACUUUUUAGCGCGAGACUCCUUGUGCGAGAAGAUUUUGAAUUUGAAUUUAUUUUUAAUGACUUUUGAAUACAAGACGAAACAAUGUGUGGGAGACAUUUUAUCAGAGAUCGUUUUUUAUCUAUUUAACAUUUUCUUGAACCACAUACAACAACUAUUUGCUAAGUGUACCCUAUGGCCUAUGAGUUAGUUGUAAGAGAGAUAGUUUUUCCAAGCCCCCGUUUAGACCACAAAACAGAUACUGGUACUGAAGACAGGCAAACAGGGGGCAUACUGCACAAAACCCAAUCUAUGAAAUAUCCACACUCUGCACCCAAUUAAUUGUACGAUAUAUCUAUAUCUAUCGAGUAACGAGUAUUUACGAUCACGUCUAGCCACUAAGGAUGAAUUGUAUUGUAAAAUGAAUGGAAUCGACGAACACGAAAACGCCCAAAUCUUAUGAGUAUGUAAGCAAAGCCGAAAACUUGAAUUCAAACAGGAUAACCGCUCCCCGCGGCCAUCUAAACUGCUGAAAUUGGCACUUAAGUAUAUAGGUAUACACACACCGCAUAUGUGUAUGUAUGUACACUGUACAACGUAGUAGAAUUUUCCGACUAAACACUAAAACGAACUUGCAAAACGUAGCGCGACAUUUGUGCAAGUCCAAGGUCCCCGGUAGCCCAUCCAACCAAAUCGAUGGGCUGCAGUUUAAAGGGCUGCGAAACUUUGCGAAACAGCUUCUUGUUUUUAGCGUAAAUUUUGUUUCACAUAUGUACGUAUGUACGAUUAGGCGACCAGCAUGACGAUGCACCUGGCGCACCUGCAGGUAGCUAGCAGAAAAUACAUGUAAACAGUAACUAGAAAAUGGAACAAUAUAAUAUCAGUGCAACGUAAUAUAUCAGUUAAAAUAACAGAGGCAAUACACAGAACUCAACUCAUUUAGCACCACCCCAGCCCGCAAUUUGAAUGUGAAAAACAACACUAUCCCCUCAUCCCAGAACCGCUUUUCCGACGCGACCCCAUUAAUUUACCUGAAUUGCAAAUAAAAAAGAUGUUCAAUUCGAUGUGAAAA